AUGCUUCCACGAAAAAAAAACGAUGGCUUCUUAUCGGUUCCCAUAUCCAGAGUCUCCUCCACACAACGACUAAACCAGCUAAAUACCGUUUCAAGACCAAAUUCGCCGUCUUAUAUCUCAUCGCUGCUCAACCCAAGCCGAAACGUCCCCAUCACUCCAACCAACCAUGACGCUAAAAAUGAUAUUCCCAACUUCGAAAACGUCCCUAUAGUGGCCACAUUGACGGAAUUUGAGAACCAGCUAGACGCGUUCACCGCCAGCAUUUCAUCUUUCAAAGGUGAUCAGUUGGCCGACUCCAUGCUGCAACUUGUACAAUUAAACGACACACUAAAACAAGAGCUCGAGAGCUUAAAGACCCACCAGGAACUAGGAAAGAGAAUAGGUCAAUUGAAGCAACAGAAUCUCGAAUUAGACACAAAAGCGAAACAAAUGCUCCGAGAAUUGAUUUCUUGUCGAGCAGAACUUCGUAAAAUGCCACGCUUGUCUCUGAAAGGAGAUGAUAAGGAGUCUCAAAACAAGGAGAUAGACGUGAAAGAAGCACUAAAAUAUGCCAUGAAGCUUGCCAAAUUUACUCGUGCUCCACCUAUGGUCGGAAAUGCUCAGUUUCAAAUUCACCCCAACAACUUUAUCUGGCCUGCUGAAGAUUCUCUCAGGAGAGGAAUGCUUGCUCUCAGCUCGCUCAAGCCAGAAGAACUCAUAAAACAGGAAUUGGGCACAGCAGAAAACUCGGAGGCAGAACAAACGAUGGCAGAGGAACACAAUGAGCCAGAAGAGGAUAUCAUUCAGAGCUUUGACAAUAACGAAAGUAAGGGAAAUGCUGCUCCAUUGAGUCUUGACUUGUUUGAUUCAGAAGAGGAUUCUGACUAG